GUGUGCGUCCGUCCGGCGGUCUGAUUAUUUGGAGAUCAUCUAUCAACUAGAUGUGUAUGUAAUAAGGCUGGGGCAUUAAAUGGCUCUUGAGUAGCAGUGGUAAGUCCAUGAUCAUUGGGCAAGUGAGUUUGGACAGCAAUAAUAGGGGCAUGUAGACAGAUGAGGCAAACAUCUCCCCCGCGCAUUAGGUAUCUGACUUUGUGUCUAAAAGGUGCUGUUUAUAAGGAGCAGCCGAACCACUGAGACAGCACAGCCUGCGAUACUCUCCGUAAUCUCCCUUUUCCUCCCCUGACCUGCGAAAAUAUACAAACAAAACCAGGAGAAGAAUAAGAGCGGAAAAAAACUAACGACAAGCGCUUUAGGGGGUAAGUGAGCAUGGAUGUUCGAUACAGCCAAGAGACCGAGGCGGGUAUGGUGCUGAAGAACGGACUUAAGGACGGGAAAGAGGGCAAGGAUUCCCAAGGAAACCUUUCCAAAUCCUUUCUGAAGGAGCAGCAGGAGUCCUUCUCCGCAUCUGGGACGAUGGAAAACUGUGAAAAAAGCCGGGGGAACUCUGGAGAUCCGGACUACUGCAGGAGAAUCCUGGUCAGAGAUGCCAAAGGCUCCAUCAGGGAGAUAAUCUUGCCGAAGGGGUUGGAUCUGGACCGGCCCAAGCGCACCAGGACCUCUUUCACAGCCGAGCAGCUGUACCGGCUGGAGAUGGAGUUUCAGAGAUGCCAGUACGUGGUGGGGAGGGAACGCACGGAACUGGCCCGGCAGCUGAAUCUGUCCGAAACUCAGGUGAAGGUGUGGUUCCAGAACCGGCGUACGAAGCAGAAGAAGGACCAGGGCAAGGACUCGGACCUGCGCUCCGUGGUGUCGGAGACGGCGGCCACGUGCAGCGUGCUGAGACUGCUGGAGCAGGGCCGCCUCCUCACCCCGCCCGGGCUGCCGGGCCUCCUGCCCCACUGCGGGAGCGGGGCCCUGGGGUCCAGCCUGCGCGGGCCCUCCAUGGGCAUGACCACCAGCAGCAGCAGCAGCAGCAGCUCAGGGACCGGGGGCAGCCCGCCGCUGCCCGUCGUCACCAGCUCCGGCGCGGCCACCGUGCUCCCGGGCUCCACGCCCGCCCACGGCCUCUUCAGCUUCCCCAUGCCCUCUCUCCUGGGAAGCGUGGCCACGCGGAUAUCCUCCAACCCCCUUUCCAUGGCCGGCUCGCUGGCCGGAAACUUGCAGGAACUAUCGGCCCGUUACCUGAGCUCUUCGGCCUUCGAGCCGUACUCCCGGACCAACAGCAAGGAGUCCAUGGACAAAAAAGUGCUGGAAUGAUCUUUUCUCAAAAAAAAAAAGAAAAAAAAAGAAUCGUUUUUAUUUUCCUUUUCCAUUUUUGUUUGUCCUUGGGUUUUGCCUUCUCCUCUCAGUGUUUGUGCGGUGGUUAAUCAUCUCUUACUGUGUCAGUGUACACCUGCACACCGAUGCCUCUCACACAAUUAAAGAGAAAGACAAAGACAUCUCUUCUUAUAUUUUGGUGACAGGGUGAUUUUCCAAGCUUUUUGCACUAAAUCAAGUUUCUUUGCCCUGCGUUAAAUUUAACACAAAUGCUUGAAAAAGCAGACUACCAAGAGAUUAUAAAGGUAUGGAAAAGAGAAAUUUAAUGUUUUCAGUUAAAUGUAGCUUUUUUUUAGUGUUUGGAAAAUACUGGGCGAAGUAUAAAUAGGAAACAAAAAAGCUUAAAAUGAUCCCUGUUCUGUU